UGCACAAGCACACUGCAGCAACUACCCACUCACUAACAACCUCGAAAUGCUCGCCCGCAACCUCCUCGUUCUGGCCGCCGCCCUCGCCCCCGUCCUCGCGCAGGACGCCUCGGCCUCCGUCUCCUCCGUCUCGGCCUCGGAGGCGCCGUCUGGCAGCGCCAGCGCCUCGGUCACCGAAACGCACAGCGGCAGCGCCUCCAAGACGCCCAAGCCGAGCACGUCCAAGGCGCCCAAGUCGUCCAAGUCUGCGUCCGCCAGCGUCGCCGGCGCGUCGGGCUCGGCCGCGCCCCUGCCCUCCGCGGGCGUCACGUCGGCCGUCACCCCCGCCGCUGUGCCGUCCGGCACUGUUGCCGGCGCCAGCGCCGCUGGCGCGUCGGGCUCGGGCGGCGCGUCGGCCGUCGUCGGCUCUGGCUCGGCUUCGGGGUCGGCGUCGCACGCGCCCUCGGCUUCGACCAAGCCCUCGUCGGCCGGCCGUACCGUCGGCAUCAGCGUCGGCGCGCUCGCCCUCGUCGCUGGCGCCGUCGCCCUCCUCUAA